AUGGUGGCAAUGGGCCUCUUGGAUUCGCACCUAUCGCUGGGCCCCGGUGAAAAGCCCGUCUUCGAAGCCGUCGCGGUGGCCGCGGCCUCGUUCGAGGUCGCGUCCUCGUCCUCCUCGGGACUCGUGGGGGGUGUCCGCGGCGCCGUCGCUGCGGUUGUCAGCGAAGCCGUCGCGGUGGGCGUCGUGGGGGUUGUCGUGGCGCCAGUCGUGGUGGCCGCGGCCGUCUUCGCGCCCGUCUCGGCGGUCACUGUCGCGGGGGUCGCCGCGGGCAUCUCCGUGCGUCGGUCUGUCUUCGCGCACGUCUUGGCGGUCGCUGGCGUCGUCGUCGCAGAGAGGCGUGGCUUCGUCGCAGUCGAAGUCGUCGUCGCCUUCGGGGCGGUCGGCUGGUUGGCGAAGACGGGGGGGCCAGCCUGGGCGGGGCUGGGCAAGGCGAGCCAGUGCUUCAUCGCGGGCUCCGCGUCCGCCAUGGCGCGGCAGACGCCACGCCUGGGUGUCGCCACGGGCGGCAGGGCGGACGGGCGCACCAGUCCGGGUCACGUGCACGAGGUGCGCCAAGAGUGGGACCCACGCAUGCACAGUAACCUGCAGGCUCCACUGAAGGGCUGGCCAGAUGCUCGAAGCGAGGCGCAGCCCGAAGAGAAGGAGAGGAUCCAAAGGAUCUGCCGCGCGGAGUGGGCGCUGGAGAACGCGCUGCACAACCGAGUGCCAGAGGAGUACCCGAAGAACAUCACGGAGGCCCGGAAUCACCACCGCGAGUUGUUGCACUUGCAGAGGAUCUACAACAUCGCCAUCCUCUCCCUGGUUGUCCUCACUCUCGUGGAGGUGCCGCCGUGGUGCCACGACUACGCGACCGACAAGGACCUGUGGACGUUCAGGCCGGGCGCGGAGUGGUGCCGAUCGCCUGGGCUCUCGGAUUCCGAGGUCAUCUACUUAUCCAACGUCUGGUACCUCCCCCCAGGGUACGCCCUGAUAGCGGAGUUGCUUAUCGAGUCGGUGAUAUUCUACAAGUGGUCCAAGAUGCUCCAGCUCGAGGACUUGCACUUUCAUCCCGUGGGGGUCGAAUGGAACUCGCGGAGGUGCAUCAACUUUGGGCGCCUCUUCGCGGUCUGCAGCAUCAUCGACACCCUCGUGUUCUGUGUAUGUCGGAACUCGUUCCGCUUUACGUGGCUCUUCCGGAGCGGUCUGUUGUUCAUCAUGCCCAGCGUGCAGCAGAUGUGUUGGAGCAUUUUCAACCCGCGUGUGCUCGGAGAGUUCUGUUCGGUGGCAGUCUUUCUGUUGGGUGCCUUUGUUUUUUUUGCUUGGAUCGCGGUCACACUUUUCAUGAAGGCGGACACACUCGCAUACCAGGAGGGCGAGGAACAAGUCUUGGCCAACAAGGGUAUGGAAAGUUUCCCCACCGCGCUCUACACCAUGUUCGUUGCUGGCGCGUCUGGAGAUUUCAUCGAUUGCUUCUUGCCCUCGUACACGAUGUUUCGAGCAUCAGGUUUACUUUGGAUGAUCUACCUAAUGCUUACGCAGGUGCUGCUCAAGAAUUUGGUGAUGGACACUCUCGUCACGGCUUUCGUCCGCGGGAGCGAGAAGGAGAUCGAAGACAAGACUACAGUCCUCGCGAGGGGGGUGCUCAAAGCAUUCGACACGCUCUCGGAUGGCAAAGAAACCGUUGCAGGACAGGAUUUCGAAGAUUUUGUCAAGGAGCUUCAAAAGUCACCGCUCUCAGAAAAGAUCGAUGACAGAAUCGUGCACCGCAUGAGCGAGCACUACAAUCCCAUAACGAGAGAGAAGUUCUGUGACAUUUGCGAGGUCCUCUCGAACAGGUACACGAUCGCUAAGCGGGAUUCUUCCUGCCAGCCGCCUGAGUGGCUGUCGAGGAGGGUCUGGGGCGAUCAGGAGGACUGGAAUCCGCCCGAGAAUCCGGCGUUCGAUCAGUUCAUGAACAAGGUGCUCCUGGUCAACCUCGGCUUGGUCGUCUGGGAGUCCUACUACAAUUUGUGCGACGGCUUGAACGAGCCGGCGUGGAUGGACUACCUCGACCUGAUCUUCUCGUUCGUGUACUUGGGCGAGGUGGCGGUCAAGCUCUCGGUGAAGGCGUUCCAGGAGUACUGGAUGGACUCCGCAAAUCAGUUUGUCGGCGGACUUCUGGACCACGUGGCUGCUGCUCUUCACGAGCCUGCUGCCGUACGUCUCCCAGUACGAGCACUUCGACCUCUCCAGGUACGCGAACAUCCUUCGGUUGCUGCGCCUGGUGCGCAUCCUCAAGCAGUUGAAGUCGUACGACAGCGUCCAGCUGAUGAUGAAGGUCGUCUCCCGCAGCAUCGCGACGGCAAGCGAUAUCCUCUCCCUUAUGGGCGUGUCCAUGUUCUUCUUCUCGGCGCUCUCUGUCAAUCUCUUCGGUGGGCUCAUCUACCAGGGCAACCCCAAGCUGGAGGAGACUGA